GACAAAAUGCCGGCCCAUGAUGUAAACAUUGAGUGAGGAACCUUGGUGGCGUUGGGAGCUUUGCAGAAGUUUUCCAAGAGAUAACUUCACCAAGAUGUCCAGUGAUGGGCAAAGAUCUGAUGAUGAGAGCCCCAGCACCAGCAGCGGCAGUUCAGAUGCAGACCAGCAAGAUCCAACCACUCCAGAGCCUGAAGAACAAGAAGAAAGAAAGCCUUCUGCCACCCAGCAGAAGAAAAACACCAAACUCUCUAGCAAAACCACUGCCAAGUUAUUCACCAGUGCUAAAAGAAUUCAGAAGGAGCUAGCUGAAAUAACCCUUGAUCCUCCUCCUAAUUGCAGUGCUGGGCCUAAAGGAGAUAACAUUUAUGAAUGGAGACCAACUAUACUUGGUCCACCGGGUUCUGUUUAUGAAGGUGGUGUGUUUUUUCCGGAUAUCACAUUUUCAUCAGAGUAUCCAUUUAAGCCACCAAAGGUUAUUUUCCGCCCCAGAAUCUAUCACUGCAACAUCAACAGUCAGGGAGUCAUCUGUCUGGACAUCCUUAAAGACAACUGGAGUCCCGCUUUGACUAUUACACAGGUUUUGCUGUCUAUUUGCUCCCUUUUGACAGACUGCAACCCUGCGGAUCCUCUGGUUGGAAGCAUAGCCACUCGGUAUUUGACCAACAGAGCAGAACACGACAGGAUAGCCAGGCAGUGGACCAAGAUAUACGCAACAUAAUUCACAUAAUUUGUAUGCAGUGUGAAGGAGCAGAAGGCAUCGUCUCACUGUGCUGCAAGUCUUUAUAGCCUUUACAAUACGGACUUCUGUGUAUAUACUGAUUCUACUGAUUCUGUGUAUAUACUGAUUCUACUCUGCUUUUAUCCU